AUGAGGACUUUAAUAUUGGUUGUGUGUAUUCUGGGAGCAGCCCUGGCCAUGCGGGAUCAGUCGAUUGCUGUCAAAGGUUUGUAUCUUGAUUCUUAUUUACUCAUUAUCAUCUGUCUAGAAGGGCUUUCUGAGAACUUGAGGUUGAUUUUUGAAUUUUAAUUUUUUAGCAGAAAGGUUUUUUGAAGCCGGACCGAACACAGUUCUGGGACCAAAGUUUAAAAAAAAACCUGUUUUUAAGUUCUCAUCCUAUCAGCUGAAUUUAAUAGAUCAUGAGUUGAAGCCAGAAUGUUUAGUUUCUCACACAAAGAAAAAGAAUUGAAUGUUUCAGUUUAUAGGCAAAAACUUUUCAUCAACUUUCCUCACAAAAAAAUCGAAUUGAACAAGAAGAUCGGUUCGAAAUCAAAGCGCUUUGAUUACCUAAAUGAAGAUUCUGAAGACUUUUCUUCUUUGAGAGUUUCCAGUAGAAUGACAGAUCAGAUCUUUUUUCCCCAAUGAGACUCUGAUUCAGGACAGCUACUCUGUGGAAACAAGCCUGCCAGCAACGUUCGGAUCAAGUUGUGGGAAGAAGACUCCGGCCCAGAUCCGGACGAUCUUCUGGAGGCCGGCUACACCGACGGAGACGGCCGAUUCCAGCUCCAAGGAGGUUUUUCUCACUUCCUUUUUGCAUCAAGCUGUACUGAAAAUCGCAGGAGAAGCCGAGCUGACCCCGAUCGACCCCGUCUUCAAGGUUUAUCACGACUGUGACGAUGGAAUCAAGGUUUUGUGAUUUUUACAGCUUUUAGACUUAUAGACAACAAUUCAAAAAAGAAACAAAUUUUUUCUAGAAAUACCACUUUUGCAGCCUGGUUCCCGAAAAGUUAAAUUCAUUCUUCCUAAAUCCUACAUCACUGCCGGCAAGGUCCCCAAGAAAGUUUUCGACAUUGGUCAGUUUAUUUUGUCAUAUCAUUGAUCAUAAAAUAUUUUAAGGCGUUCUUAACCUCGAAACCAUCUUCCCGAAGGAGGAACGUGAACUUUUCAUCUCUCGAAAACGUCGUGACGACGACUGGGAUGAUUAA